GGGGAACGGCUCUGGGAGAUGAGGGAGGCUGUUAUAAGUGAACGCUACCCAGGUCAUGUUUUCUCAGUGUGUCCCUGUUGAAGGACUGUAGCACAGUGUGAUCUCCUGCUGUUAUUUGUUGUUUACUGGAAAGACCCCUGCACUACUUCACAGAAAGGUGAAGAUGAAGAGGAUUGCGGUAAUGCUCUGCAUGAUCUUAACAUGUGGAGCUCAGAAAUGGAAGCAGGAAACCUCAUGUUGGGACUCUAAAGCAGGACACACAGAUGGCAAGACUUGUUCCAAUUUGACCCAGGUACUGGACAACUGGAAAUAUGCCAUUUUGACCCAAGUAAAAGAUCUGCUGAUCAAUGACCACGCUUCAGUCCUGCCUGAAUACAACAGGAUCCAGCCUCUGUCAGAUGCCCUGGGAGACCUCUACAGGCAGUUUAACUCUCUGAAAGAUGAGCUGGGUGCACUCACCUCAAAGUUUGACAGUGUGGAGGGUUUUGUGGAUGACCUCAAACAGGGCAGGUUUGCUCUGCCUCAGCGUCCCGUACAGAUGGUUCCCCCCGGUGUCGGACUGAGAUCUCCACUUAGAGCACAGAUGAGGCCUCAUUACAGGGGGACUAUCAAGGAGCCCACACUUGUCAGAGCGAGGAGAAGAGGGCCACAGUGACCUUAGAUCUUUCAGUGUUAUUGUAUCACAAUAAUUAAUAUCUUUAUAUAUUAAUCACAAAGGUUUGUAUAAUAUAAAGACUGGCUUUUGUCAUGCAUGAUGUAGAAAAGACGAUUUUUAAAUUAAUUAAAUGUUGUUAAAUGCUAAAUAUUUCCUUUCCCUACAAAGUCACCUUUAACCACAAGAUGGCAGCAUUCACUAAACUUAUAUUGGCUGUCAUUAUUGUAUUAAUAAUUGGUCAUAAAGAACGUCUAAAUGUAGUUUAAAGUUGUGAUAUUAAACUGUUUAUUCGCAUAGAACAAUUAUUUUACCACGGUUGUUUGUAUUUUAAUUAUUUACCCACAUUAUUAUUAAAAAUGUAUUAAUUUGCAACAUGUAUUGACUUGACUUGAUACAUUGUAAAAGAACAAGACUUAUUUAGCAUUUCCAUUUAUUGUUUUUAACUCUAGUUGUUUAAAGUAUAAUUAAUUCACUCACAGUUCAGUGUUGUUGAAGUUGCCAUGCAAGAUGCCGGCCCAACUUCUAGAAAUGAUUUGUUCUUUAAUAGUUUUAAGCCCACAUGUUGGGCUAUCAGACAAAUGUGACAUGUCAGCAGAAUAAGCCGGGGUUGACCUGCUGUCAGCUGUACCCAAUAUAAAGUUCCUGAAAGAUAAGCUAUAAGCUUUGUAUUGUUUUCCUGUUUAGCCUGUUUAUCCUACUUAUUCUAAAUCGACCAAAGUAAAAUCAAGAUUGAAGGAUUUUUUUCUGACAACAUGAUCAGAACAUUAUUAGAUAGAACAAUAAUUUUACCAAGGUUGUUUGUUUUUAAAUUAUUUACCCACAUUAUUAAUAAAAAUCUAUUAAUUUGCAA